ACCUCAAAUUUUCUGAUGAUGUGGGUGGGGUAAUUAGUGGGUGUAGUCAAUUAAGCCUGUAUAUGAAUUCCUCAAGAGUAAGCCUCCUUUGUGGUUUACUGAUUGUUUUCAUCACAUAAAAAUUUAUGAAUCACAUGUACUGUAUGUUUCUGUCCUUUUCUCUCCCUCACUCAAUCACUAACUUAUUUUAUUCCUUCCUUUUCCUUCUCCCUCCCUCUCUCCCUCAGUUUUUAAUGAUGGUCAAUGGUCAGUGGGUCCAGUAUUAGAUUCAUUUAAUAUUCCUUUAUUGUAUGAACAAAUACUAAAAGAAAGAAGAAAGGAAUUGAUUGGAAUUAAUGAAUGCAUGACAGAUAAAGAGAAGGAGCUUCAAGUUAUCAAUGAGUCUUUACGUCAUGAUCUUCAAGUGGCUAGAAUUAACAACCAAUCUCUUCAGGAAGCACUACUAGAGACUCAAUCACUAUCAGUCUCUAGUGCUGCUGCUCUACUUGAAAAAGAUGAAAUGAUACAAAGACUUGAAUCACAACUGCAAGAAACAAAGAGUUUAUAUUAUAAAAAGGAUGAAGAGAAGCAGUUUGUGCAGCUCACUAAAGCAUCUGGAGAAUACAAGGGUAAAGUCAUUAAACUACAGGAUCAGGAUUUUGAUGAAAAGAUUCAUUUAGGUCAGUAA